AUGGAGGCAGGCCAGGCUUUGACCUUCAUCGGCCACCAGGAAACAGAAGGGAAAGGAAAUGUUCACACAGGUAACCGCGCCUGCUUCGUGGCUCAUUUGGUCGCUACCCUGCUGAAAACUCUUGGCUUGCAAACGCUCUUCGCCAUCGGGUCGCAGCUGUCCCCCGAGGUCGGCAGCUCUGGGAUCGAGAUGCUGGAGACAGACACCUUCAAGCUGCACUGCUUCCAGACGCUGACAGGGAUCAAGUUCGUGGUGCUCGCUGACCCGAGGCAGGCGGGGAUAGACGCCCUUCUCCGCAAGAUCUACGAGAUUUACUCUGACUUUGCUCUGAAGAAUCCCUUCUACUCCCUGGAGAUGCCGAUCAGAUGCGAGUUGUUUGACCAGAACUUGAAGCUGGCUCUGGAGGUGGCAGAGAAAGCCGGACCCUUCGGACCUGGGUCGUAG